AUGGCCAAUGAAGGAGGUCGGAUGCUUUUCAUUCGUGAGGCCGAAAUCGUUACGAUCGCAGCCCCAGGAAAGUCGAGGGUUCACUUGAAGAUCACGGCCGGCAACAAGAAGAAGAAAACAAAAGUAAUCAAGAAACCUGAUAGAGGUGUCAUGCCCGGUGGCGCGUUGACUAUAAAUAUGAACCUUGACUUCGCCCCGCAAACCAGGAUUUUAUGGGAGCUUUACGGUUGUCGUUGGCCAGUGAUCCCACGUUACAAGGUCCUUGCCAGCGUCGAAAAGACACUUGGAGAAUUGUUUGAAGGGAGUACUAGUACGAGUGCUGAUAUACAUUUAUUCAACGGAUCUUCCGAGGUCGCAGUCCUCAAAAUAUCUGCCCAGUUGGAUAGUCCCAGUAAUAUCGUGAUGGCUGUCGUCCCAAAUAUCGAGAAACCCUCAGAGUGCUCCAAGUUUCUGGAUCCCAGUACUCUGCAGACGGUGUUCGAUGCUGCGAAGACGAUGAUCGAUACUCUCGCGGGGGUCCACCCUGCGGCUACCAUCGCUUGGGGAUUUCUCUCUAUUGGAUUUGAGGUCCUGAAGAAUCAGCGUGACACGAAAGAUGCAAUAUGGGAUCUUUACAAGGACAUGAUAUCGGUGUAUGAAGAGUUCAGCAAGGAUGAUAUCUUAGAGCAGCGUGAUAGGUUACAGGGAAUCUAUAGUUCCUUGUUCAAGCAGACCAUCGAGUGCGCCCUUUUCAUCGAAGGCUAUGUAAAGAAGAGCGGGAUAGGGCGUCUUGUCACAAUGGACAUAUCGGACCAAGCUGAGAAAUUCAGUCAUGCGUUCGCCGACCUAAAAAGCCAGCUGAGCAUGGGAUUGAUAAAGGAAUCAGUCACUGUCACUCUCGGCGUCCAGCAACUUGUGAAUGACGUCCAGGAGCGCGUGGACCUUCAGAUCAUGAGAGAUCGACUACGAGAUCUCGAACCACCUCAAGAGCUGGGCCCAAAAUCACGCUGUAUGAAGGGAACUCGUGUUGCGACGAUCAACAAGAUGAUAUCGUGGAUUUCCCAGUGUAAUGGCGAGAUGAUGUGGUGCAAAGGCUUGGCAGGAACAGGGAAGAGCUCUUUGAUGGGAACUCUCCAUGACUUACUCACGGACAUGGGGGGACGCAGUCGGCUUGCGGCCUUCAUUCGCUACGACCGCAUCGAAUAUUCGAAUGCCAGCAGGUUAAUCACCAGUAUCGCUUAUGCCUUGGGAAUUUUCGACGUGCGCAUUGGGAUGGCUAUCUCCAAGGUUGUCGAACAAUCGCGAUCGGUGGUGACUAUGGCGGACCCGUUUGCUCGGUUUCAGCUACUACUUCGUAGUCCACUUGAACGCAUCCUUGAUCUUGUUGAUGAAGGACCCCUGGUUGUCAUCAUUGAUGGAUUGGAUGAGUGCAACGCGUCUAGUGAACUGUUGACCACACUCGCUGAAGGAUUUGGUCCGAAACUUCCCUUCAUACGGCUGAUUGUGUCCAGCCGACCAGUUCAUCACAUAGCUACGGCGUUCGAGGGACGAGACUGCAUAUAUCCGCUCCAUUUGGAUACUUCCUCGAAGAGUGUAAACCGUGAUAUCCAGUUUUAUUUGGAGCGAGAGUUUGCAACCAUAUGCAACGAUGUGUUCCUGGAGAAGUGUAAAGAGCUAGAUGUUGUCAAUGAACUGACAGCACGGGCGAGUGGUUUAUUCAUUUGGGCAGCGACUGUUGCGAAAUUUGUCCGUGCAUGUCCGGGGAUAUCGAGGCUACAGGCUCUCCUAGACACGAAAACCCCUAAUGGCGCCACUGAGGCUCUGACAACCUUAUACCGCACGGCUCUGGAUACUCUCGUGUCUGAACCAGGUGCCAAUGUGGAUAUUAAGAAGUAUGUGCGAAGCGUUUUAGGUGCUGUGUUGGUGACCCAGACACCUCCAGGGAUGACAGAGGACGUCCUUGAUAAAAUUGUCCUACUAGGCAAAGGCAGCCCUCCUUCGCGUCACAUCGUGUCUAUGCUAGGAAGUGUACUUAGCCCUGAAACUGAGGACUCGCCAAUCCGAUUGAUACACAAAUCCCUCCACGAUUUCUUGAAGGAUCGGAGUCGAUGUGGGGAUGAAUGGUUCGUCGAUGUCACUCUGCACCGCAGGGCAAUAGCCAAACAGUGCCGGAUUGCAUUGAAAUCAUUUCUGAAGACAUGGUCUCCCAAAAGUGAUGUGGACAUUGGAGCCGUGCCGGCGUAUAUAUCCAAAUAUGCAUUGUUUGGAGUGUUCUGGUAUUCUGCUUUUGACAAGAGUGACUUAGAACUAUUCACUUCCUUUUUCCGCUGCUACUUUCUUCCAUGGUUGGACAUUGUUGUCACGGAUAGCGGCGUUCUCCAUUUUGAAAUCAUGGACACGGUCUGUCGACAACGUGGGCUAACACGCAUGCCAUUCGAAGUCGAUAUCCGUGAUUCGGACACUAUCCACCGUGUUCUUCGAAGUUCCACUGAGUUUUACCGUCACCUUCACCAUUCUAGCAAAGAGAGCCCCCUCGCCGGAAAGGUUACACUCGAGUGUAUGAAACUCAAAAUGAGAAAUGGCUCCUUCAAGCCUAGCGGCAAUAACCUGAACAUCGAAGGUGUGAUUUUUGUUGAUGCCGAUGGGCAGACAAAAUAUGGAUUCAAAAUUGUCAAUACCACAUUGGUACCUCUUUAUGUUUCAAUGUUCAUUUUUGAUGUCUGUGAUUUAGAAAUCCGUCCACUAUAUCAACCGGGAAGUGCGGAAGGUGUUCAUACUCCCCUCCUCCCUAGAGAAUCAUUGACCAUCAGGUACGGCACCAAGCUCUGGGACGUAUGUUCCUUCAGUAUAAAAGAGGGACAAGAUGUCGAUGUUGGCUUCUUGAAGCUUUUCUUCUCGACAGAGUAUCUAGAUUUGUCGGCCAUCGUCCAAGAGUCAUCUUUUGAAGGCUAUCACCAGAGUGUUCCAUCUCCGAUGAACAAGAUACCUUCCGCAUGUCAUGCAAUUUGUGUUCCAAUUGUUCAGAAAUGGGUAGCGAGUGCCUCGCAACGCCCCGGAGGCAGGUUACAGUGGCCAGGGCCGCUAGUAUGAUUUCCAUUUUGUUGAUUUGACAUUGCUCCCAAGUACAUCCCGCAGUAGUAUGUACCAUACCUAGUGUACCCCGCAGUCCAUUAUUCUUAUACAAGGUUCGGCCUCC